AUGGCAGCGUUCCUCUGGGCCUCCCCGCCUGAGGAGCGGGAAAUGGAGUCGGGCCUGGGCGGCCCCUUUGCCAGCUCCUGCCCGCGAGGGAGCCAGGCUGGAGGGGCCGGAGCUGGCGGCCUCACCCCCCUCAGGCCUCUUCUCCACGGAGACGCCCAGUCAGGGAGCCACACGGCCUUUCCCCCAGUUGUGCCUGAGCCUCCUCCACAGGAGUGCAAGGCUGCCCAGCCCUGUGCCUUAUCACCUGAGCUGCUCAGGUCCCAAGUCCUGCUCAUGCCUGCUGCCCUGGAAAUGGCCCUGCUGCUUCUCUUCUGGAGCCUCUGGACCCCGCUGGUGAGCCCCACCUCAGGAAAUUCCACUUCUGUCUGGGACUCAGCGACCCCCAUGGAUCCAGGGAUGAGCACCUCCUUAGAGCUCCGCACGGAUAUUCAGGUCUCGACCCUGGCCCCCUCCACUCCCUCUCGAGACAGCAAGAUGCCCUCUCUUGGGACUUCGGUUGGUGCCAGCACUGGCCCUGCUGUGUCUGAGCCAAUGCCCUCCAGGGAAAAUUCUACCAAAAAGCCGUCAGAGCUUCUAGAAAUCUCUAUUGCAACCAGUGGCCCUGCUGUCCCUAUAGCAGUGACCUCUCAGGGACACCCCACUGUGACAGGUGAAGCCCUGACAUUUACCUCUCUGGAAACCUCUGGUGGGACCAGUGAAUCCUCUAUCACCAAGGCAGCAAGCUCUCUGCAGACCUCCAGUGAGGCCAGUGAAUUUGUCCCUAUGGCAACUAACUCUCCAGAGACCUCCAGUGGACCCCCUGUCACCAAGGCAACGCGUUCUGUGGAUACCUCCACUGGGGCCAGUGGAACCUCUGUUACCAUGACAACUAGCUCUCCAGAGCCCUCCAGCAGGACCAGUGGACAUCUUGUCCCCAUGACAGUCAGCUCCCUGGUGACGUCCAGUGUGGCCAGCAGCUCCCCAGUCUCCAGCAUAAAAGUAUCCAUGACCACCCCAAAGCCCUCUACAAGAACGAGCACGGAGGCCUCUGGGAGCCCAGCCCAGGGCCGGAAAGGCAUGCUGCUGGUGCCCGUGCUGGUGACCAUGCUGGUGGUCAUAGUGAUUGUGGCACUGCUCCUGCUAUGGCGCCAGCGGCAGAAGCGCCGCACGGGGAUCCUGACGCUGAGCGGAAGUGGGAAGCGCAAUGGCGUGGUAGAUGCUUGGGCUGGGCCUGUGCAGGUCCCUGAUGAGGAGGCUGUGACAGCAGCAGUGGGAGGGCCCCAGGAUGACAAGGGCUCUGGGGUCCCCCAGACAGAGGUGUCUGCCCAGCGGCCCACACUCACCACUUUUUUCAGCAGACGGAAGUCUCGCCAGGGCUCCUUGGCGAUGGAGGAGCUGAAGUCCGGGCCAGGGCCCAGCCUGCAGGGGGAGGAGGAGCCGCUGGUGUGCAGCGAGGACGAGGCUGUGGAGGACCCUGCUCCCGAGGACAGGACGGGGCGGCGCCUCAGUGCCUGUGAAUAACAGGAACCCUGUUGAUUCCCACCAGCCCUUUGCUUCCCCCCAAACCGCCUGGAACCCCCCCAGGAUUCUUGCUCCCCUGGGCCCCCAGCCAGCGCCCUCGCACAUCUGCAUCUAGACCUGGCCGCAGCCCGCCCCUGCUGUUUGCAGAUCAAAUCAGCCUUCGUGAAUCCUUCAGUCCCCUCCCCAGCUUGCUUCAUCCUGAAACCAGUGGCUGAGUCACCACAAUGCCAACCCUACCCAUGAUUUCUCCAAGGACCCACCCUGGGGAGACCAAGAGAUUGGGAAGAAGGAAAUGACAAUUGGCCAACUCCCUAGGAAAAAACUUUGUAAAGUAUGUGGGGUCCCUCACAGGACACCCUACGGGGACAGACCAUGAACCCCUCUCUUCAACCCUCUGGGGGGCUCACUCUGGGCCUUCUUGGAGCCUGGGCUGGCUGGGCUACCCAGCUUCGCUCUAGGGGAGCCUGUGACCUCCUGAGCCCUAGGAUCCAGGGCUGCCCAUGCCAGAGCCUCCACGCUCUGCCCCACCUAGGGACUUUUGCCACUUCAUUGGCCAUUGGUGGUUCUCGGGAAGGCUGCCAUCUGCGAAGGGACCACUCCCGGGUGUGCUCUGUAUGCAAGAGAUGGUGGUAUUAGAGGGAGUGGUGAGUCCAGACAGUUCAAGGGAGGGUGCAGGAGGGGAGACAGGCUGAGGAGGGGCUGCCCCCACCCAUUGUGGGGUGCACAGGACCAUUGGGAACACAGGUGCCUUCCAUUUUGCUGAGAUAGGGCACACAGUGGCAGCUUUGAUAGUAUGAGCAAGAGUGCAGGUUUGAUAAGGCCAAGUUUGGUGGCACAUGUGGUACCCCAGCACUCAGGAAGCCCAGGCAGGAGGAUCCUUGAGUUCAAGGCCAGUCUGAACUGCAUAGCAAGACUGUUACAAAAAAAACAAAACAAAAUGGGGGGAGGGGAGGGGUAUUAAAAGACAGAAUGUGUGACCAAGUGCGGGCUCUCAGCUCAGCCACACAUCCCCUCUUCAAAGGCUCCGUCCACACACACACACACACACACACACACACGCACAGGCCCAAGAAGAGAUCUGUCCUAGCAGCGGGGCUGGGCACAGUAAGUGCCUGCAAGAUUUGGUCUUGCUGACAUCUCCACCAUAUUCUAGCAGCUGGCUAGAAUAUGAGUUCUCCCUCCUUCCCUUCUCCCAAGCCAAGGGCAGAGGAGAUGGCCCAGCCAGGCCCACAGGUGGGUGGUGUUUCCCCAGGAGAAGAAAAUUUGCACAGAGGAAGUCAAUGAGUCAGAGAGGCAGUUGCCAAACGGAAUGACCUACUAAACGGUGUGGGAGUGUGGGAGUGUGUGAGUGUGACCACUGGCCUGCAGCCUGGGCAGGAGGGACAGCAGAGGUGGGUCAGUUGGCAGCGGGAGAAGGGGCAGGAAGUGUCUGCAAUCCAGCAGCACCGUGUCUGCCCCCCUUCUGGUCUGUGGCAGACUGAGCCGUGCUAAGUGGGUCUGCCCACGCCUCGUUCCCUUCCUCCCAAGGUGCUGUGGGUACAACCUGAGGCCUGGACAGCAGGACUGAGUUGCAAAAAUCCCUCAGGCAUCCAGCGCUGUGAUCUCAGACUUGGCAAAACAAAUUGUGCCCCAGUUACAGGUUUAGAAAACACUGUCCCUCCAACUCCCUCUCCUUUACAGAGGUGGUUGUUUCUGAAGGGUUUUCUGAAUCCUGAAGGAAGCAGGGUGGGGAAGGCACCCCAACAAUGGUUUCUUAGUCCAAAAAAUGUCAGAUGUUAAUGAGUGUUAGCGUACAGGCAGUUUCCCCCAAAGAAAAGGUACACUGCUUUUGCGGGAGGAGUGGGCAUCAUGGCAGAGUUUGUCUCUGGGACCUUGUCACCUUUCCCUGUCUGGUGGCCACUGUGCCUGGUAUGCAGAUGGUCCUCAGUGAAUAAUCACUUGAAUGAAUGAGUUAAUCACCUAAAGGGAAUUUAUAUUUGUUUCAUUUUUCCUCCCUUUUUUAUUUUGAAACAGGGCCUCAUUAAGUGGCUAAAUUGCCCAGGCUGUGCUCAAAUUUGUGAUCCUCCUGCUUCAGCCUCAGAGUGCUGGACCUCAGAGAUUUUGGAAGCUAAGAAAGAUUUUGCCAGGCUGGAAAAAGGGAAGAGAGUGUGGGUAGAGGGCAUGGUGGGUGGAAAAGCCCAGUAAGGAAGGUGGAGCAGUUCUCUCUCUUCUUUUUU